AAACAAAACGCACACUGCUAAAGAAUAAAAACAUACAUCCCCAUUGGUGUCAGAAUUAAAUCUGAUGACUAGUGUGCCCUUGUCUAUUUUGACUCCCUUGUUUGCAUAAUAAGCUUCAUAGAAAGCAGCGAUAUCUGGAGUAAAUAGCCUCGGCACUGCACGAAGGAAGAGAGAUUAAGGAUCCUGUGACACGGUAAUUGACAAGUCUCUUAUAUUUGUUGCUUGGGUAGAAUUAACCAAAGAUAAUUCUUUCGGACCGUGUACUUCUGCAUAUAUGGUGUUAACUUUGAUUUUGUUAAAGAGAGAUAGGGAGAAGUUAAAGGAUAUAGGCAAUGGACAUACUGUAUCAGGGUUCAGGAUACACCAUAGUGACAUCAAAGUUGUUAAUCUUCAUAACGACACUAAGUUCAAGCCCAAUGUAUCCACCUCCAACAAUGACAACCUUCCCGUUCUUCAUUGCUUGGAUGGCCGCCACAAGCUUGUCAGCAUCAUCAAUUUCCCUCAGAUACAAUAUAUUGUUAGCAUCAGCUCCAGGAGUACCAAAAUCAGAGAGAUUUAUGACCUACAAAUGCCAUGUUACAAAAUCAAUAAUAGAACAUUGUCAACAAUCACCCUAUUCUUCAGAACUACAAUGAACGGAAAGAAAGGUAGCAGUAUUCAGAUCGACAUUUGCUUGCCGCCAAACGCAACACCACAAUCAGAAAGCAUGAAGAAGUCUACCAAGGAUCAUAAUGGCAAAGUCACGAUACCAAUGAGGAAAUUGAUGAUGGAAGCGUGGGAGUUUGCCAAAGAGGACACAGACAGGGUGACCUUUUCCCUCAAGGUUGGCUUGGCUUGCCUCCUCGUCUCCCUUCUCAUUCUCAUCCAACCACCUUAUCAAGUCUUCGGCACCAACUUCAUAUUGGAAAAGGUUGGUAUGAAAAAAUAA